AUGGAGCAAGAUGAUAAGCAUGCUGGGGCGUUUGAUGCAGCCCCAAAGAUGGAGGGUUGUUCUGACGAUGGCAGUCCGAUUGUCGCUGAGUCAGAGAAUAUCAAGCGCGAUCUCCGGUCGCGGCAUAUCAACAUGAUCGCAAUAGCUGGAAUGAUUGGCACAGGUUUGUUCCUGAGCUCUGGCACAGCGAUUGCGACGGCAGGGCCUGCGGGUGCAUUACUAGCUUACGUAGUAAUGGGCUUUGUCACGGCCGGCGUAUCUUACACGACUGGAGAGAUUACGGCUUUCAUGCCCGCAACGGGUGCCUUCGUUCGCCAUGCCACGAAGUUUGUGGAACCCGCUCUUGGUGCUGCGACCGGAUGGAACUUUUGGUAUACCAUGGCUAUAUCGGUACCAGCUGAGAUUAGUGCUGCCGCGACUAUUGUUCAAUUCUGGAACUGGUGGGUAAACCCUGCCGUAUGGAUUACCGUCUUCUUGUUGUUCAUCGUGGUCCUCAAUUUCUGCGGCGUAAGGUUGUACGGAGAGUCGGAAGUUUUGUUCGCCUCAUUGAAGAUCAUGUUAAUCAUUGGCUUGAUCAUCGGCGGUCUCGUAAUCGAUCUCGGCGGUGGCCCGAAUCACGAACGUCUUGGUUUCCGUUAUUGGCAAACCCCCGGAGCUUUCAAUACGUAUAUCAAAGCCGGCGCCACUGGUGGGUUUUUGGCCUUCUGGAAAGUACUAUUAUCUGCUGCUUUCAGUUACGGUAACAUACAAGUGGUGGCAAUCUCGGGGUCUGAGACCCGCGACCCACGAAAGAUCAUACCGGCUGCUACAAGAAAGACGUUCUUUCGUGUAUUCUUCUUUUACGUUCUCAGUAUUCUUAUCGUGGGAAUGAUCGUGCCGUUCGACGACGCCGAACUAGGCAUCUCUACAGGCACGGCACAACAAUCACCAUUCGUUAUAGCUUUUUCGAGAGCGGGUGUCUCGGUCGUUCCGUCAAUAAUCAACGCCAUCGUUUGCACAUCGGCCAUAUCUAGCGGAUCCGCGUGCAUUUUCAUCGCGUCGCGAACCCUCUAUGGUCUAAGUCGCGAUGGCCAUGCACCAGCCAUAUUUCAACGGUGCAAUAGAUUCGGCACCCCACAUUAUGCUGUGGGAUUAACUUGUCUUUUAUUGCCAUUAGUAUAUCUCAACGUAGGUAACAAUACCUCAGUUGUUUUUGGAUGGUUUGUCAACAUCACCACUAUUGCCGGUUUAAUUGGUUGGAUUGUCAUUGAGGUGACAUAUUUGCGGUUUCAUGCUGGCUUAAAGGUCCAAGGAUAUUCUCGACACGAUCUUCCGUAUCGCGGUCCCGGCCAGCCUUAUGUCUCGUGGGCUACGCUACUGAUGGUGUUCUUGGUGGUGUUCUUCGCCGGCUUCGACGUGUUCGUGAAAGGGAACUUUACUGCGUCAGGUUUCAUUACCGUUUACCUGAAUGUCUUCAUUUUCGCCGCACUUUACAUUUUUUUCAAGCUGUCUCUGAGAUCUAAGAUAAUUCCAUUGCGAGAAAUGGACUUUGAGACAGAGUUCGCUGCAAUGAGACACGAGAAAGAUGUUUCGGUUGCGUGUGGGAAUGAGCAGGAGAAAUCGAAGUCUUGGUUCAGUAAAGUCAUCCACUGUAUUUGA